AUGGGAUCUGAUGUACGUGACCUCAACACGCUCCUUCCCCCCGUGCCCACGUUGCCAGGGGGGAACGGUAACUGCACCCUUCCCGUAAGCAGUACUUCACAGUGGGCCCCAAUGCUGGACUUCCACGCCGGUUCACCUUACAGCUCGCUGGCACCGCACUCCUUUAUCAAGCAGGAGCCCACCUGGGGCACGGCCGACCCCCAUGAGGACCCUCACUGUGGUUUGAGUGCCUUCACUCUGCACUUCUCUGGACAGUUCACUGGCACUGGGGCCUGCAGGUACGGAGCCUUUGGGGCCCCCGCGCCCAGUCAACCUCCACCCAGCCAGCCGAGGAUGUUCAGCAACGGUCCUUACCUGUCUAACUGCAUGGAGAGCCAACCCAGCUCCAGAAGUCAGGGUUACAGUGCGGUCGCUUUUGAUGGAGCCACCAACUACGGACACACUCCUACCCACCACACCUCACAGUUUCCCAACCAUACCUUCAAACAUGAAGACCCCAUCACUCAGCAAAGCAACAUGGGUGACCAGCAGUAUCCUGUCCCUCCGCCGGUAUACGGCUGUCACACGCCUUCAGACAGCUGUACAGGAAGUCAGGCUUUGCUCCUGAGGAACCCAUACAACAGCAGUGAUAAUUUAUAUCAAAUGGCGUCACAGUUGGAGUGCAUGGGGUGGAACCCUGUCAACAGUCUGGCGUCCACCAUUAAGAGCCAUGCAGCGGGUUAUGAAAGCGACCCCAGCACGCCCAUGGUCUACAGCUGCAGCACACAGUACCGCAUACACACCCACGGCGUCUUCAGAGGCCUUCAGGAUGUGAGGAGGGUACCGGGCAUUACCCCAGCGUUAGUGCGCUCAUCCGAAACCAACGAAAAGAGGCCGUUCAUGUGUGCCUACCCGGGGUGCAACAAAAGAUACUUUAAACUUUCUCACUUACAGAUGCACAGUCGUAAACACACAGGGGAGAAACCCUAUCAGUGUGACUUCACAGACUGUGGUCGUAGGUUUUCCAGAUCGGACCAGCUGAAAAGGCACCAGAGAAGACACACAGGGGUUAAGCCCUUCCAGUGUGACACCUGUCAGAGAAAGUUCUCACGGUCAGACCACCUUAAGACCCACACCCGGACACAUACAGGUAAAACAAGCGAGAAGCCCUUUAACUGCAGAUGGCCAAAUUGUCAGAAGAAGUUCGCCAGGUCCGAUGAGCUUGUGAGGCACCACAACAUGCAUCAGAGGAAUCUGACGAAGUUGCAACUGUCUAUUUGAGUCAACGUUUAGUCUUAGCAGUAGUGCUGAUCUGAGACC